GGGCUUUGAUGUCUUUUGAAAUUUGUCAGUUGAGUUUGAGACAGCGACAGGAUAACAGCUCCAACCUGACCCUUCAUAGUCAACACUGCUACCAGUCCAAGACAGGGAGAAGACAACAGCUCCAAGAAACAUCAAGACUAUUAGAAGACAACGGAUCAUUUUUCUCUACAACACUUACCCUGUACCUGUGUUCAGCCAAGAUGAAGAAGGGACACAACUUAAGAAACGAGUCCGUUGUACAUCAUGUGGAAUCUCCCACCAAAACGAUUGAGUUCCUCCAUGGAGAGAUCAAGGAAAUGGAAUUUGAGGGAAUGGAGCUAGCUCAUGAAAAUGCGGUACUGAAGUGCAUGAUGUCCAGAAGGGAUGCUAGGUGGAAGAGGGACAAACAGGCCAUGCAGGAUCAGAUUGAUUCUGUCAAACAGGGGCAGGCCUUUGACUCUGGAAGAGCCAUGCAGACAGAGUUGGAGGACGAGCUCAAGGAGUUGAAGCUGGUGUUGAAGGACAAAGAAAAGUACAUCUACAAAUUGAGUUCUUGUCCUAGAAACGAUCAGAUCGAGAGGGUGAAAAGGGAGCUGAGCGACAAGUGCAACCAGUGGCAAUUGGACAUCAAAACCUGA